GGGCACACGCUUCCAUGUAUUUGCCAUAAAUGGACCGCGUGAUUUUGAUCGUGUUUUUCGUGAACUUGUACGCUGAAGCGAGGAUGACUUGCGACCGGUACGACAAAACACCUUUAGAAAGCGGUGUAUGGCGGAACGACAUGCAUCAUAUCGACACCGCGGUAAUCGAGAAUCCGCCAGUCACUGUUCCUGAAGGUCAGCUGUACGUCUACGAAAACGAUUUCCCCAACCGGACAAUACAAUACCUUCACGUGGAUAACCUGGCUAUGAAGACGUGUGGGGCGCGUGCUAGCCUCAAAUCUGGUGGGUUGGGGACGUCGACUGUGCUAAUCAUCUUGCACGCCGACCCAUUUAACGAGAUCCGGUCGGUGAUCGACAUAUGGGGAACCAAGUCAUUGCCGCCACGGCUAAAGUCGUUGCGAUUUAGGGAAAUUCCCAAACCGAUGAAAAACAUGAAGUCACUGUACCUUUUCAGCAACUUGAGAGCUGUCAACCACAACUAUCAUAAUGAAAGCUUACAUUUACCAACGUAGCGCGGUUGUUAUACCUUGGCCGGUUGAUAUUAACAUGAAUGUUUACAAGAGCUCUAGUGAUUUCGUGUUACAGAUUGCGUUAUCUUUUCUAGUAACUUGUGUCUGUUCUAAAACUAUAAUAAUAUUAAGUAGCCCUCAUAGAUAUAGAAAAUUAAGUGUGUUGUUGUGUCGAUGUAAGUAAUUAUAAAUUAUGAGAUUAUUAAUUUUUAUCGGUCUUUAACCUGGUUGUAGUGAAUAUUUAUAAAAGGUAACGUGACAUUUCAUUCACCUCUGUGCUCGUUCCACUCUUAAAAAUACUACAUAUUAUUAUGCCCCACUUUAACUAGUAACCAUAGGUCAAUCAAACCGUCAUGUUUAUUCAUUUUGUUUGAAAAACAUUUUAUUGUCAAUUAAAUAUAAAAAACUGCAGAAUCCUCCGUGGCCGAACGGUUACCAUGCCGGACUGCUACGCAGGAGUCCCAGGUUCGAU